GUUCUCUCUCCCAUCUUGUCGAUACGAUCAUCGUCGCAGACUCACCCAGUUGCAGCAAACGUGCCCCCUGUGGAGCCUCGGACAAUACUUCCCAUCGUGCUGUUCUCCGAAUAUUGAAACGAGACCCUUUGACGACUGGCACUUUCUAGAAUUAAUCCCCCAUCAUGUCUGGGCCGAUGUACGACGACCAGUAUUAUGCGCCUUCGCGCCGCCAUUCCCUUGUCACUCCUCCGCCCUCGGCAGCCCCAAGACACAGCCGGAUGCGCAGCCAGAGUGUUAGAGUCAGCAACGGCACAGUCAGUACAGAUAACAGCAUGUCUAGCGGGAGGGUGUCAGAAGCAACGAAUAUUACCCAACCCCCGGCCUACUCGAAGAAGUUUGUUGUGGUGGGGGAUGGAGGAUGCGGGAAAACAUGUCUGUUGAUUAGUUACUCGCAAGGCUAUUUUCCAGAGAAAUACGUCCCCACGGUAUUUGAAAACUAUAUCACGCAAACGCUCCACCGACGCUCGGGGAAGACCGUGGAGUUGGCGCUCUGGGAUACUGCUGGCCAGGAGGAAUACGAUAGACUACGCCCUCUUUCAUACCCCGAGACCGAUCUUUUGUUUGUUUGCUUUGCCAUUGAUUGUCCCGCGUCUCUUGAAAAUGUCAUGGAUAAGUGGUAUCCUGAGGUUCUGCAUUUCUGUCCUACGACUCCGAUCAUCCUCGUUGGGCUGAAAUCCGACUUACGCAACAAGAGAACGUGUAUUGAGCUUCUGAAAACGCAAGGCCUGACACCCAUCACGCCGGAGCAAGGCCAAGCCGUGGCUGGCAGGAUGAACGCAUCUUACGUAGAGUGCAGCAGCAAAGAGAUGCGGGGCGUGGACUCAGUCUUCCAGCUGGCGGUGGACACUGUAGUGUCCGUCGAAGAGCAAAACUGGGACACCCGUGUCCCAUCGUCUUCUGGGAAACCUAGCAAGUCCAACAACGGUGGUAGCGGUGGUGGCCGCAAGAAGAUCAAGAAGCGCAGCUGCAAGAUCCUGUAAAACACAACCACUCGCCCUGUUUCUUGUCUCCUCUUCUCUUUGCUGCACUUUAUGCAGCUCUGAUUAUGUUUUACUGAAUACAAAGCCUGGGUGCUUUGCGUUAUGCACUUUGCACUGUGAUCGCCUGUUCUGUUAGCGCAUGUUGGAUAGAGGUAUGCUUGCUGGCUAUACCGGGUCCCGAUACUUGUCCAUGUUUCUAUGAUUCGUCCCAACGUUGCCAGGGUCUGUCUGGCCUGUUGGACUAGGGCGGCUGUUUGAUCAUUUUGAUCCAUUGGUUUCCUUUUUGCUUCGAUACUUUGAUGACCAAGCACACUGACAGCGGUCCAACAAUAUUCAUGUUUUCCCUUCUCAUUCUGUCCUUCCUUUUCUUCCCCUGGAUGUUCCCCUUGGCGAUGAUUUUGAUUUGUUUUUCCUCGACCUGUUUAUUACGACGUCUGCCAUGAUAUCGGUCUGAAGGCUAC